AUGACGAGCACGCUUCUAUGGGCUUUGGGGGCUCUCUCAUCAAAUUUGCUCGGCGCAUUGACUGCGACCACACGUUCUAACCACGAACAGUUUGCAGCCUCACUCGAUAGCAAAGCAGUAGUAUACUAUCCGGGAUCAGAACAAUUCAUUCAAGCCAGCGCAAGGUGGAGUGCCUCCCAAACUCCGCACUAUGAAAUGAUCGUCAAGGUUGCCACAGAAGAGGAUGUUCAAAAGACUAUCCUAUACGCUAAUGAGAACAAUCGACCCUUCCACACCAUUUCAGGCGGCCACGGAACAACGUCCUUGAUCAACAACGUCAUAAAUGGCGUAGGCAUCCUCAUGCACGAAAUGAACGACAUCACCAUCGUUGAUGAUGGCUCCGCGGCUCUCCUCGAAGGCGGCGUUCUCAACGGCGAUCUUAUCGCGUAUCUAUGGUCCCAUGGCAAGCUAACUAUGUCUACGGGCUGCGAUUGUGUAGGCUACAUCGCGCCCAUCCUUGGUGGCGGGCACGGCUGGCUACAAGGCCGAUACGGUCUCGCAGCCGAUCAGCUAAUAUCCGCGCGCAUUGUUCUCGCAAACGGAACAGCGAUUUCAGUAUGCGAGGAAAGUAACCCCGAUCUCUUCUGGGCCAUCCGUGGAGCUGGACAUAAUUUUGGCGUCGUGACGCAAGUCAAGAUGCGGAUCUAUGAUAGGGAGGUUGACCAGGAUCAGUGGGCCGCCAGUGGGUUUGUGUUUACGCACGAUAAACUGGAGGCUAUAUUUGCGCUUGCCAACGAGUGGCUGGAGAGCCCAGAGAGACCUAUCGAGUUGACGCAUUAUGGUCUAUUCGCUUUGAAUCCAGACGUCGACCCGUUGAAUCCUAUCGUCAUGAUGUGGAUAUACUGGCAAGGACCCGCGAUUCCGUCCAAGUACACAGACCCUUUAUACGCGCUCUCGCCCGUAGCCGUUGACGAAAGCGUGACCGAACUGCCCGAAGUCAACUCACACAUAUUUGCCAAUCGUGACGGGGCAUCCUGCGCGAAAGGACUAUCACGGGCUCUGGUCGGACUAUCUCUCAGAACCUACUCGCUCCCGGCACUACGCAAAGUCCUCAACAUUUUCACUGCCCUACCACCCGAGUUCCGCACCACUGUCAUGAUGCUAGAAGGCUAUGCUAAAAACCGCGUUGAGGAGAUUCCAGGCGAUAGUUCUGCGUUUCCAGACCGAGAUGAGAAAGUAUUGCUCUCCCCUGUUUUGACGUACCCGAAGAACGCCAGUCUGGAUGCCACUGCGCGGGAGAUUGGAGAGAAGAUACGGAACGCUUUAUUGGAAGGAACGGAUGGGAAAUUGAGAGCAUAUGUAAACUAUGCGACAGGUGUUGAGAGUAUGGAGGAGUUGUAUGGGUAUGAGCCUUGGAGGUUGGAGAAGUUGAGAAGGUUGAAGAACGAGUAUGAUCCGUUUGGGAAGUUCAACUUCUACGCUCCGAUCACCUGAGGAUGGGAGCUGGUGGCAGACCAUACGGAAAGGGAGAUGAAUUGGUUUACAAGUAUGUUAAUGGGUAUUGUAUUCUGCUUGACAGUGUGACCUUCUCUGUCGAUAGUCAUCUAGCUAUGCCAUAUUUCGACCUUGAAUCCGAUAGUCGC